UCACUCAAGCAAGUAUGAGUCUUGUUUUAAGGCUGGGAGUACUGCUUCUUAUCACAGCCACUACAUUGUCUCGUGACAUGAGGACCCUGAAAAAAGUGAGUAUACAUCCACAGGAGACGAUCACCAUACCUUGCAUGUAUGAUGAAAAGCAUCGGGCCAAUCGGAAGUACCUCUGCCAAGGAUCUUCGUGGCCGUUGUGCCACAUUGUGGCCCACACCGGUGACAAAGACAAGAAUGUGGCGGUCACUGAUCUCCCCGAUCAAAACAUGUUCACUGUGACUUUGACAAACUUAAAACAUGGAGAAACUGACUAUUGGUGUGCUGUGGAGAUUGGAGGUAUCUUUGCCCUGGAUGAGAAAGUGGGCUUUCAACUUUUAGUGACAGAAGAUCCUGCUCUCUCCGUGGAUGGAGGUGUGAUACAGAGUGUUGUCGUAGGCAAUGUGAGUGUCCUGUGUCGUUACAGCCCACAGCAUUUGUAUAAAGCAAACAAACGCUGGUGCCGUUUUAGAGAUGCCUGGUGUGUGUCAGUGGAAGGAUCAGACUCUCAGGUCCAGGUCAUAGAUGAUGUGGCAUCACUCGCUCUCACCGUGGUGAUGAGGGAGGUGAGCGGAGCAGACAGAGGCUGGUACUGGUGUGAGGUGGGCGACCUGCAGACACCCGUCUACCUGGACAUCACCGAAGCAUCCACAUCAACAAAGGGUUAUAUCAAAAUUACCUAAUGUUUCUAGAAUGAAUACUCUU